UUUAGGGUCCCUGCGACGGCUGGGUUUCUCUUUCUACCUUCGCCUUUUCCACGUUAGUCAGCCAUGUCUCGCAGUCCGGUGUGGUUGUGCACUUCUCACUUCCUUUUCCUCUCCCUCUUCGUCCUACCUCUCGUGAUUGCAUCGGGAGGAGAUGAUGAGGUGAGGGUACGGGAGAGAAGACAGGCAGAGAAGACAGCAAAAGAAAAGGUGGAUUUCAAGUCACUGACCAUCGAAGAACUCUGCAAGGACCGGCGAACCAAUGAAUUCUUCCGACUGACCACCGAUGGAGACUGUCGAGACGUUGUCAGAUGCGAUCGAGCAGGACUGACCGGGAAGAUUCGUCUGGCCGGGGUCAGAUGUCCGAAUGGGCUCGCCUUCGAUGUAGACAGGCAGACAUGCGACUGGAAGGCAAAGGUGUCAAACUGCGAUCGGCUGGAGAAGCCAAGGAAACCCCUGCCGAAGCUGGUGACCAACGAGCCCAUUUGCCCCGAGAAUGAACUCUCUUGCGGGGACGGGGAGUGCAUCGCCCGCGAACUUUUCUGCGACGAGAAGCCCGAUUGCCGAGAUGGAUCUGACGAGAACGCUUGCACCGUGGACCAAGACCCGAAUGCAGCUCCGAAAUGUGACCGAUCGCAGUGUAUUCUGCCAGACUGCUUCUGUUCGGCUGAUGGGACUCAGAUCCCAGGAAAUUUAGAGCCGUCUCAGGUCCCACAGAUGGUCACCAUCACCUUCUCUGGGGCCGUCAACGUCGACAACAUCGGUCUCUUUGACGAGAUCUUCGACGGCUCCCGACAGAACCCCAACGGCUGCCAGACUCGAGGGACGUUCUUCGUGUCGCACAAGUACACCAAUUACUCGGCAGUGCAAGAACUGCAUCGGAAGGGGCACGAAAUCGCUGUCUUCUCCGUCACGAGCAAAGAGGACGAGAAUUAUUGGACCGGGGGGUCUUAUGACGAUUGGCUCGCCGAAAUGGCAGGCAGCAGGCUCAUCAUCGAACGCUUUGCCAACAUCACCGACAACUCUGUCAUUGGAGUGCGAGCUCCGUACCUUCGAGUUGGGGGUAACAAGCAGUUCGAGAUGAUGGCGGAUCAAUUGUUCGUGUACGAUGCUUCGAUCACGGCCCCUCUUGGCCGAGUCCCCAUAUGGCCAUACACCUUGUACUUUCGAAUGCCUCACAGUUGCCAUGGAAAUGGACAGAACUGCCCCUCUCGUAGUCAUCCCGUUUGGGAAAUGGUGUUCAACGAAUUGGACCGAAGAGAUGACCCGACGUUUGACGAGAAGCUGCCAGGUUGUCACUUCGUAGACUCUUGCACCAACAUUCAGACCGGAGAACAGUUUGGUCGUCUCCUUCGACACAAUCUCAACCGUCACCUCAGCACAAACCAUGCUCCCUUGGGUCUUCACUUCCACGCCUCUUGGCUUCAGUCUAACAAGGAGUUCAAGUCAGAGUUGCAGAAAUUCAUGACUGAGAUGUUGAACCGGAAUGACGUCUACUUUGUGUCCAUGCUUCAGGUGAUUCAAUGGAUGCAGAACCCGACGGAGCUUACGGCGAUCAGGGAUUUCCAGGAAUGGAAGGAGAAAUGCGACGUGAAGGGGAAUCCGUUUUGCUCGCUGCCGAACCCCUGCCCCGUGACGACGAGGGAAUUGCCUGGGGAAACGUUGAGACUCUUCACUUGUAUGGAAUGCCCCAAGAAUUAUCCUUGGAUCUUGGAUCCCACUGGGGAUGGCCUCAUUUGAUCAAUGAUCAUUCCCCGACUCACGUGCAUGCAUCCCAACAUCUGUGAUUUCAUUCCAUUGUCCAUGGUUUUUUUUGUUGGAUAAUUUUUCUCCCGUAAAUUUAGACUCUUGUAUGGAUGAGGACAGUGGCAGUAGCAAAGGCGCGGAGACCCUUCGAUGAAGGAUCAAGCAAGUAAACGCGCGGGGCCCGAAAUUCCCUUCAACCUUUUUCAUAAUGUGUAAUACAUUUUUAGUGACUCCCAACUUCUGGAAUUUCCCUGAGUUGACCAAAUAAGAGUGUUUUAUGCCGCUUGCUGCUCCUAC